CCCUGUUGCCCCAAGCCCACCCGCACCCCUUGGGCACCAUGAACACCAACGUGUGCGUGGAGACGGGGCCCAACCCCGAGGCGCCGGGGCUGCCCAAGGAGAACCACCUGCCCGACGGUGCCCUCAACAGCCUUGUGGAUUACAACUCGGAGAUGGAGCGCUACCGCUCCUUCGCCACCUUCUACAAGACCAACGGCGGGGCCUUCCCUCAGGCGGCCAAGAUCGCGCGCAUCACCACCCCCAUCUUCCCAACCGCCGCCGCGGCCGCCGCCGCCCGCAUCGGCAUGUCCCCGUGGAACUGCGACACGGCCACGGCGGCCGCCGCCACCGCCAUGCUGUGGGGCAGCGGCGCAGGAGGCGGGGGAGCGGGCGUCGGCGGGCCUAACCCGGCGGCCGCUGCCGCCGGCGGCGUGGCCCGCAAAGCAGCCGCCGUCGCCGCCGCCUCGUCGGUCGCAGCGCCCCCGCCGGCUUCGUCGCCCGCCUCUUCUCUGCACGCCGCCGGCAGGAGCGGAAACGGCGGCGGCGGGAGUUUACACCAUCGGAACGAGUCCCAGCGGCUCGGCAAGCCUGGCUGCGCGCCAGCCGAGCAGCCCUCGUUGCAAAUGGCCAAUAAUAAUUUCCUCUCCACCUUAGCCCCGGAACACUGCAGACCUUUGGCUGGGGACUGCAUGAACAAGCUCAAAUGCGGCGCUGCUGAAGCAGAGAUAAUGAAUCUCCCCGAGCGCGUGGGGACUUUUUCCGCUAUCCCGGCUUUAGGGGGCAUCUCAUUACCUCCCGGGGUCAUCGUCAUGACAGCCCUGCACUCCCCCGCAGCAGCCUCAGCAGCCGUCACAGACAGCGCGUUUCAAAUUGCCAAUCUGGCAGACUGCCCGCAGAGCCAUUCCUCCGCCUCUUCGUCGUCCUCAGGAGGAGGGGGCGGCGGCAACCCAGCCAAGAAGAAGAGGAAAAGGUGCGGGGUCUGCGUGCCCUGCAAGAGGCUCAUCAACUGUGGAGUCUGCAGCAGUUGCAGGAACCGCAAAACGGGACACCAGAUCUGCAAAUUUAGGAAAUGUGAAGAGCUAAAGAAAAAACCUGGCACUUCGCUAGAGGUCAGAGGAGAUGAUUUCUUUCUUCCCAGCCUCCCGCCGUCCCUCGUGAACCCCCUUCCCCCGCCUCUUCAGUGCUUCUUGUCUAGUUUCAAGAUGCAGCAUCCCUUUUCCGAAGCCUCCUUCAGGUUGUGAGGGGGGAGGCCCCCCUCGCCUCGCCCCCCCCACUUGGUUGCCUCUCCGUAGUACUGUGCACAAAGCAUAGCCACACGUCCUCAGCCUGGUGGGGGAUGGGGUUGGAUUGGACUGCUCUGGACCCAGUUUUGGAGGAAGGGGAGUGAGGAGGCCGGCCCUCUGCAAUAAAAACCUGGCCCGGGGCCUUGGGGCGUUUUGUUUGGGUUUUUUUCGACAGGCAGGAAUACCCGGAAAGUUUGUCUAAAUGGGAUUUGGAAAGGAAAAAAAUGCCACGAAAUCGCUCAAUUCCCGAGGGGAUUUUUUUUUUCUCACCCUUUAUAAUCAUUACACGAAGAUUUCUUCUACUCUUUUUUUUUUUUAAAAAAAAUACACAUUCCCAAGUUGUAUAUUACAAGUAAAUUGAUUGGAAUCGAUGGUCUAUAUUUUUAUCUGUUACUUCAAGGUGUGUUGUUUGGUGACAUGUAAACUAUUUUUACUUAAUGUGGAAGUAAUGGUGAAGGGCAUUUUUUUUUAAAGAAAGUCCAAAUGCUUUAGUAGUCAUGAAACUUUUUAAGUUCUAAAUAACUUUGGCAGUAUAGUGGAUCCUUUCCUUCCUUAUUUGCUGUGUAGAUUUCGCUUUGUUUGAAAAUUAGAGAGUUUACUUUCCACAUCUUAAAAUGGUCCUCCAUCUAAAACGAAGAACUAGGUAAUUUGGGAUUUGUUUUUAGAUAAUUUAUUACAAGAAAAUAAUUGGUGGUGAAAAAGUUAGUCAAGCAUACCAAAAGUGGAUCAUGAUACUUCCUUACCAAAAAAUAGCCCUUUGUAGUAUAUUUUACAAUCGGAUAAAGAAUAUGAGUAUUUGUGCUUGAAAUGUAUAUGCAUUUAUUUUUAAAAAACUCAGAAUUGACAAUGUAUCAUAGACCAGAAAAGGUCUUCAGGUUUAGUAGACUUUAAAAAAGUAAAAGGGAUAUUCUGGAUUUUCAGUUCAUGUAUUUAGUUUAGCAGUCAAAGAAAAAAACUUGUAAAAUGAUUAAUAGCAUUAUUUUUAGAUGGAAGAAAAGAGAGGAAAGACUUGUAAUGAUUUAAACCCUGUGAUUAUUAAAACUAUAGUAUUACCAGGUAGAUGAACCUAUCAGAUGAAUGUUUGAUUUGAGAAAUAAAGUUCUUUAUGGAACUUUAAGAUGUAAAGUGGCUGAAAUUAGCAACUCAGAGUUGCAACUGUCAUUAACAGGAGUUAACUUAUACAUAGAUUUUUUUAUUUGUGUUAAUGUUACUACUAAGUUUAACAUUUCAUUUAGAAAAAAUAGGGAGGGAAAGGAAAGCACUUGGGUGAUACUAAUUUUUCUUCCCUUGCAAAAUUGAACUAUCCUUUUGGAAAGUUUAAUAACUUAUUCCUCAUAUAUUUUCCAUAGCUGCUUAUUGUGCAUAUCUGAUAAUCCAAUAUCACUUUGAUGCAACAGUCUCUAUGGACUAUAUUUCAGCUGGUCAAAAAUCAGUUGUAUAUAAAUGUACCUGUUAUUUUUGGUUGCAAACACUCCUGUUUAUUUCAUAGAACGUUACCGAGAAUGUAUAUUGUGAUUUUUACAAUAAACAGUAAAUACUGAAU